GCCAGCCAAAGAUCCAUGGGUACCUCCGCCGAUCACAAAUUCAAUGCCCGGAAGCAAAUUCAACGGUGGCUGGUCUCGAUUUGGGCCCGGUAACUGCUUUAUUUAGCAGGCGAGGCCUACCGAGAAAUGUUCAACGGCAAUGGUACACAUAUAAAAGUGUAGACCACCUCCAGGUGUAGAAACAUCGACAUUUCUUUUUAACAUUGCCUAGUAUGAGCUCUGAAUCUGACAUAGUCAUUCAUCUUCCGGACACUCUGGUCUAUUGGCCAUGGUCUCGCAGAAUCAAUCCUCAUUAUGAGGAAGUGAAGACCGCAUCGGGAGCUUGGUGCCGUUCCUUCAGAGCGUUUAGACCAGAAGCUCAGAGUGCAUUUGACCUUUGCGACUUCAGUUUAUUGUCCUCGCUGGCAUACCCAACAGCAUCCAGAGAACAUCUUCGCACCGUUUGCGACAUGAUGAAUCUGUUUUUUGUUUUCGACGAGUACACCGACAACGCUACUCCUGAAGUUGUCCGUCAAUAUGCAGAUAUUGUAAUGGACGCCAUUAGACACCCGACUAAGUCUCGACCCAGCGACGAGGUAGUCCUUGGCGUCGUUGCACAGGGGUUCUGGGCACUUGGCAUCAAGUCGGCGAGCAGGACCUCACAGAAACGCUUCGUCGAAUGCUUUGGACACUAUACGGAUUCUGUCGUCCAACAAGCAAAGGAUCGCAAUCAGUGCUAUAUUCGGAAUAUUCAAGAUUAUUUCGACGUCCGCCGUCUUACCAUCGGUGCCUAUCCGUCAUAUGCAAUGCUAGAGCUAGGGUAUGACUUGCCUGACGAGGUAUUCCACCAUCCAACCAUCGUUGCUCUGCGACAUAUGAGCUGUGACCUGCUAAUCAUGGAUAAUGACCUCGCUUCAUACAAUAAGGAGCAGGCGCUUGAGGAGUAUCCCCAUAACAUCAUCGCUUCUGUCAUGAACGAGCUGAGUUGUGAUAUUGGGCAUGCCUUACCGUGGGUAGAAGAGCACCAUCGGUCGAUUAGAACAAAGUUCUUGAGGACGUGGGCAAAGAUACCAUCCUGGGGACCUAUAAUCGAUGGCCUUGCAUCCCGCUAUGUGCACGGUAUUGCGAACUGGGUACGGGCUGAUUAUUGCUGGUGUUUUGAGAGCGAAAGGUACUUUGGAUCCAAUGGCAGACUCGUUCAAGAACAUAGGAUGGUUACUCUCAUGCCUAAGCAGUAUUCGAUAAGCGAGCCGCUUCUCAUACAUGCUUACCAAUCUGCUUAGCCGUUAACUGUAACGUCGUGUACGUUUUCAAUAUAUUCCACUCUGCGGUUACUGGUAUGCUAGUCGGUGUCCAGGUCCGAGCUAGGCAGAAUAACACAAAACGUGUACUGGCUGGCUG